AUGACAGACGCUCACCAUCCAGCCUUGUCUCAAUCUCACAUCGCCUCUCCGCUCGGUUCAACCGAUUCCGUCUCUUCAAACACGAAUUCUCGAACUAGCAUAGCGUCGUCUCUGUCUGCAUCAAUUACUGAUGAAGAUAGAUCAUCUAGCUGUAAUUGGAGUUCGCCGGAUGCAUGCAUCUUGUCUCCGCCAACAUCACCACCUCUCAUAUCUUCACUUUCUUCCGUCGUUUCGGCCGAGACUAAACAGGAAUCCUCUUGUUAUCAUGCGAAUGACAGGGAUUUGGUUGGCGUUUCUGAUCAAUCACAAAACCUAUUUCUGGCUCCUCGAAGGGUAGAUAUAGAUCAUGGUGGGCAUUCUGGACCAUGUCAAGGCGCGGAAAUGCGAUCGAACGGCCGGGAGCAGCCACCCUUCAAUCUCAUACCGACUGAACCGGAGACAGCUGAUGCGAUUCUCGUUAUACCUGGCCCUAGUCUGUCUUCAGAGAUUGAGAUGAUGCCCUUGUCGUCUGGGUUCUGUACAGCUCCGCAACGCCUAUCAAGGCCAGACAUAGCUUCUCAAUUUCCUUCAUCACCACCAUCAACGCGUUUUUCUCCGUCACGAUCGUUUGGAUCCCGUUUUCCAAAUUCUGCUUCAGAUAUUGGCGCCGAAGGGAAUGUAGAAAGUGGCAGGUCCAGGGACACGCAUCGGACAUGCCAACGUCCGUCUGUACAACAGUCUGAUCGAUACCAACAGAGGCAGCGACGUGGACUGCUGUUCAUGGGCGCAGCGAUGGGACAUAUCCAUGCUGCACGGAGAGCACAGCGAAUUCCCCGCGGUACUCGUAUGCGCGCUUACAGGGUCGUUUGGAAUGUGGACCCAAGGAUUAUGUUCAGCGAGGCAGGCUCAAUUCCGGUUCCGAUGGGUCGCGUGACAUAA